GGCUCUAUCACAUCUCAUCGAGAGCUUGGUGAGUUCAGACCGAUCAAUUGAGUUGAAAUAAGUUCCAACAUUAAAUCGUAAACCUGCUAAUUUUAUACGACAUUUGUCCACACAAUCAAGUUACACAUGAUGAAGUCGUCAAUCAACUUUAAAGUGCUAGCCACAUUAGUUUUGUUACAAAUGAUCUAUUUAGUAUCGUUUUCACAUGCAUAUACAUUCCUGAUUAGUAACACAAAAAGUCAAGUUCAAGAAGAUAGCUGCUACGACGAAUCGCUACAAAUAAAUGUUCCUGUAAAUGAGGAACGACAGCGUCCCGGAAAAUGUGAAUCCAUCAGGUGCAGUGAUGAUUAUUCACUUCAUGGUAUUGGAUGUGGUUUUUUUGCGGUUGGGCCUGGCAUGGUGUUAACUAAGAUUGACUAUUCAAAACCGUUUCCAGAUUGCUGCCCGAAAGCGAUAAAACAGACUGAACAAGACUUGUUUUAAAAACAAAACAAACGCAACGCUGAAACGUGACAUGAUUUUGAUAAUUUGAUAUGAAAUGAUUCCAUAAUAAUAAAAAAAUAAAACGAUUUAAUUCAAGUUGGCUAAAAAA